AUGGCUUCCUCUUCGGCUCGCCUCAACCACCACCAACUUCCGAAUAUCCACGGUGGAGGAGCCACGGCGGCGCCUCCGCCAACUCCGUCAUGUACACAUCCCAACACCACCACUAAAUCGGAGACAGCAGCAGAUGCUCUCUCCCACCUCUUCCACCGUCUUACCCCUAAGCUUUCACUCCCCAACCGCCGCUCAUCCGCCGCCCCAUCUCUGCCGACAGUAUCUUUCUCCGCCGGAAGCUGUGAUGAUAUUAUAUCCGCUGCUACUGAGUUCGGCUAUUUCAACCUUUCUAAUGAUGACUCGGAUACAAUCAUCCCUUCUGGACUCGCUGAAGCGGCCGAGUCUGAGUCGCUCUCGCUCUUAGAGCUCAGUGAAGAGAAAAAGGAAUCGUCGUUUCCAAAAAACUGGCCGCUUGGCUACGAAUCCGAUGCUGAAACGCCAUCGUUUUGCUUAGACGCAGACUGUUCAACCGAGUCGAGCGAGUUAAAGGUGAAUUCGUUGCGCGAGUUCACUCGGAGUCUGGAGAAAGUUGGACUGAAGACGGUAGAGAUGCUGGCGAGCGCACUCGGGUUCGAGAACCCGUUUGGAAAUGACUCGGCCCGGUUUAGUACUCUGAUGUGGCUUAACCGAGGUAUUCCCGAUGAUAAACCGGCGAUAACCAACGGUUUUUAUCCAUUUGUUGUCUGUUUACAGUAUCAGAUAAGGGAACAGAAGUAUUGUUUGCUGUCCGAGUCAGGCUGGGUGUCCGUAUCUCCCCGAGUUGACUCGAUUCUUGUGACGCUUGGUGACAUUGCUCAGGUUUGGAGCAAUGGAGAGCUCAAAAGAGUGAGAUAUCGACCGGUGGUGUGCUCGGGACAACUUGAUGGUCCAAGGAAAUGUGUAACAAUGACAUUGAUGCUUACACUUCCCAUGGACACCAAGGUCUCUCCAUUGAAAGAUAUCGUGAGUGACGUCCAUAAAGAAGAAGAGUAUGCAGAGGAUGAUGAAGAGGGAGAAGAAGGAGGAGCAAGAAGUGAUGAGAAAAAGGCAUUUAGGUCUUUUUUUUUUGAAGAUUACGCAUGGAGAGUGUACCAUGAACGUCUCUUCUUCAAGGAUCCACUUGACAGAUACAAAAUCAAGUCUUAG